CGUCAUGUGAUACCAAGAUGGCGGCGCCGCGGUAGGUAGCUCCUAGUUGUGGCGUUCAAGGAUCCGCGACGGUUUUUCGCCUUCUGGCCGUGGGGGCGGCAACGCUUGGUUGACCCCUGCGGCGGUCCGUAGCUGGUGUUAGACAGCCGAUCCGAGCCCAGGCUGUUGCGGUCGCAGUGCGUUCAGGGUAGGGUUGGUGACCUCGCUGCAGUUGCUUUCCACUGGUCGUGCCCGGCGGAAGAAGAGCAGAGCGGCCAGUCUUUUCGGUCAUCUUUGGAGUUGCUGAGAGCUCCGGAGGAGUUACACCUCUGAGGGGCUGCGGAAGUUCGAGUCCUCAGGUGUGUGAGAGGCUGCCUCGGAUCGCUGGGGGAGCAGAGGCCGCGAGGUUUUCGCUUCCUCCUGCAGAGCCCUGGCUGCGCCGCGUCGAUCAGCCCUGCGUUCUUUCCCACUUCCUCUCAAUGUUCUCUCCAUACAUCAGGAAAUAUGAUCAGCGCCCCUGACGUGGUAGCCUUCACCAAAGAAGAGGAGUACGAAGAAGAGGCCUACAAUGCACCAGCCCUGCCAGAGGAAUACUCCGUGCCGCUCUUCCCCUUUGCCAGCCAGGGAGCCAACCCGUGGUCUAAACUGUCCGGGGCCAAGUUCUCGCGGGACUUCAUCCUUAUUUCUGAGUUCUCUGAGCAGGUGGGACCCCAACCCUUGCUGACCAUCCCCAAUGACACCAAAGUUUUUGGCACUUUUGAUCUCAAUUACUUCUCCCUGCGGAUCAUGUCUGUGGAUUACCAGGCUUCCUUUGUGGGCCAUCCCCCUGGUUCUGCUUAUCCCAAGCUGAACUUCGUGGAGGACUCCAAGGUGGUGCUGGGAGACUCCAAGGAAGGGGCCUUUGCAUAUGUGCACCACCUUACUCUCUACGACCUGGAGGCCCGUGGCUUUGUGAGGCCUUUUUGCAUGGCUUAUAUUUCAGCAGACCAGCAUAAAAUCAUGCAGCAAUUCCAGGAGCUGUCAGCUGAAUUUUCAAAAGCAUCCGAGUGCUUGAAAACAGGCAACAGGAAGGCAUUUGCUGGGGAGCUUGAAAAAAAACUCAAAGACUUGGAUUACACCAGGACAGUGUUGCACACAGAAACAGAGAUCCAGAAGAAAGCUAAUGACAAAGGCUUUUAUUCAUCCCAGGCAAUUGAGAAAGCCAAUGAACUGGCCAGUGUGGAGAAAUCCAUCAUUGAACAUCAAGAUCUGCUGAAGCAGAUCCGCUCAUACCCUCAUCGGAAGGUGAAGGGGUCAGAUAAGUUUCUGGAUGAGAUGGAGCAUAUCCAGGAUCAGGCCAACCAAACAUCCACUACCUCUAAUCCCGAUGAAUCUGCUGACUCAGAUCUCUAUACCUGCAGACCAGCUUAUACUCCAAAACUCAUCAAAGCAAAGUCCACCAAGUGUUUUGACAAGAAGUUAAAGACCUUGGAGGAGCUCUGUGAUACUGAGUAUUUCACUCAGACUCUGGCCCAGCUUAGCUACAUCGAGCACAUAUUUAGAGGGGACUUGUGCUACCUCUUGACCAGUCAGAUUGACAGAGCCCUUCUAAAACAACAGCAUGUAACAAACUUUCUCUUUGAAGACUUGGUAGAAGUUGAUGAUAGGAUAGUGGAGAAACAAGAGACUAUACCCCCUCAGCCCAGUCAGGACAGGCUGCCUACCAGGACUCUGGAAGAAUGCCCAAUUCCUAAAGUGUUAAUUAGUGUUGGUUCUUACAAGUCCAGUGUGGAGUCUGUGUUAAUCAAGAUGGAGCAAGAACAUGGAGAUGAGUACAAGGAAGUAGAGGUGACAGAAUCAAGCAGUUUUGACCCCCAGGAAAACCUGGAUUACCUGGAUAUGGAUAUGAAAGGUAGUAUCAGCAGUGGGGAAAGCAUUGAGGUUCUGGGCACAGAGAAGUCCAACUCUGUGCUGUCUAAAUCUGACAGCCAGGCCAGCCUCACAGUGCCGUUGAGCCCCCAAGUGCUCCGGAGCAAAGCUGUCAGCCACAGGACCAUCAGUGAGGACAGUAUUGAAGUCCUGAGUACCUGCCCUUCUGAGGCCCUCAUCCCGGAAGACUUUAAGGCCAGCUACCCAAGUGCCAUUAAUGAGGAAGAAUCCUAUGCAGACAGUGAAGGGGCAAUCCACUUCCAAGCAAGCAUCCGCCCCUCAGAGUUAUGUGAGAUCCAGGAGGACAGCUUGGAAAACACUCCUUCUCAAAUAGAUUCUUCCUGCUGUAUUGGGAAGGAGAUCGAAGGCCAGCUGGUGUCAUUCCCCACUCCAGUCCACACUCUCUCUGAUGAGGAUGGUGUGGUGAGCAUCCCCCCACAGCGCUUCAGGCAGAAGGACCAGGGGUUCCAUGUAGACUUUGCAGCAGAAAACAUCAAUCCUCACCAAGACAACAGUUGUGAAGUGUUCCCUGCUUCUGAGUUGGACCCAAGCUGCCUUCUGGCUAGUCGUGAUGUCAGUAAGACAAGCCUGGACAACUACUCAGAUACCACUAGCUACGUGAGCAGUGUAGCAUCAACCAGCUCAGACAAGAUGCCCUUUGCUCAUCCUACCAGCCUAUCCUCAGAGAGACACAGAAAGAGGGCUGGCCAGAAUGCCUUAAAAUUCAUCCGCCAGUAUCCCUUUGCCCACCCGGCCAUCUACUCCCUGCUCAGUGGAAGGACACUUGUGGUCCUGGGAGAAGAUGAGACCAUAGUCAGGAAGCUUGUGACAGCACUGUCCAUCUUUGUUCCCAACUAUGGCCGCUGUGCUAAGCCUGUGAAGCACUGGGUCUCCUCCCCUUUGCACAUUACGGAUUUUCAGAAGUGGAAGCUUAUUGGCCUACAGAGAGUGGCCUCCCCUGCCAGUGCUGGUACUCUCCAUGCCCUGAGCCGCUACAGCCGCUACACGAGUAUCCUGGACCUGGACAACAAAACCCUGCGCUGCCCCUUGUACAGGGGCACGCUGGUUCCCCGCCUGGCCGACCACCGCACUCAGAUCAAGCGGGGCAGCACCUACUACCUGCAUGUCCAGAGCAUGCUCACCCAGCUCUGUUCUAAGGCCUUCCUUUAUACCUUCUGCCACCACCUGCACCUGCCUGCCCAUGAGAAGGAGACACAGGAAGUGGUGGCCAGCCGCCAGGCCAGCUUUCUGAAACUGAACUUGGGACUGGUGAACGAGGAUGUCAGGGUAGUCCAGUACUUGGCUGAGCUGUUGAAACUGCACUACAUGCAGGAGUCUCCUGGUACUGGCCACCCCCUCCUCAGGUUUGACUAUGUCCCCAGCUUUUUGUAUAAAAUCUGAGGUCAGUCCCAGCCACUGUGACUAAGACCUGUGACUCAGGGUAUGGGGAGAGGAGAGAUGGCAUGACUAUAAAUGGUUGCCUGAACUAUACUAUUGAACCUCCUGGUUUCACCAGCAGAAAUAAGUGGCAGCCAUGGUUCCUGAGCAGAGGUAGAGCCUCGUUCUAUGGAGGUGGUCUGCAAAGACAGUAACGGAAGCCCUUGACUCUCUGGUGAAGAGUGGCCCCUGGAUAGAGGUGUCUUUGGCAUUCUGAGGACUGGGCAGGAAGAGAAACCUCCCUCAACUUUCAGGGCUGGAAAAAGUUAGAGUUAGAAUGGCUAGGAGGAGACCUUGGCCACAUUCAGCAUCACUAGAUUCAAGUACCAGGGAAACAGUCAGUUAGCUGGGGUGGAAACAGUCAGUUAGCUG